AUGGGGAUGGCCGGAAAAUGGAGUCCCUCCGGCCGACCUGACCGUAAUGUUAGUCGAGCACAGUUUCCUCCAGAUUUCCUCUUCGGAGCCACCUCCUCGUCUUAUCAGUAUGAAGGAGGAACAUGGGAUGAUGGUAGGCGUCCUAGUAUAUGGGAUGCUUUCACUCAUGCCUAUCCAGAACGUAUACUCGAUAGAAGCAGCGGGGAUGUGGCUACAGAUUCUUACCAUUUAUAUAAGGAUGACAUAUCGCUUGUGAAAAACUUGGGGAUGAACGCUUACAGGUUUUCGGUCUCGUGGUCCAGAAUACUGCCGUAUGGGAAGCUAAGUAGAGGUAUCAACCAAAAGGGGAUCCAUUACUACAAUAGUGUCAUCAAUGAGACCCUAUCACAAGGGUUAACACCAUUUAUGACUCUCCUCCAUUUGGACUAUCCUCAAGCACUUCAAGAUGAAUACGGCGGCGUAUUAAGUCAUCGAUUUGUGGAUGAUUUUCGGGACUUUGCUGAUUUGUGCUUCAAAGAAUUCGGGGACAGGAUCAAGCAUUGGGUCGCGAUAAACGAGCCACAUACUCUGAGCCGAGGAGGGUUCGCCGUCGGCGACCUCGCGCCAGGCCGGUGCAGCGGCAAUGCAAGGAACUGGACGUGCGAUGUCGGAAAUUCCGGCACCGAGCCCUACAUCGCAGCUCACAACCAGCUUCUCGCCCAUGCUGCUGCCGUUCAAUUGUUCAUGGAUCCAAUAACGAAAGGCGAUUAUCCAGAGAGCAUGAAGCAGAAUCUUGGGAACCGGCUGCCAAGAUUUACAAACGAGGAAUCUGAACUGUUGAAAGGAUCAUUUGAUUUCCUCGGUGUGAACUAUUACACUGGCAGAUACGCGAUGGAUCAACCUAACAGUAACGUUGACCCUCGUCAAUCUAGUUAUUUGACCGAUGCGCUUAUCAACACUAGUUAUCGCAAUAGCAAAGGCGAACCACUUGGUCCUGAGACUGCUGCACCUUGGGUUAGAAUUUAUCCUGCAGGGCUCACUAAGGUUUUGCUCUACAUAAAGAACAAGUAUGGGAAUCCCCUCGUCUACAUUACAGAAAAUGGAGUUCCAGAUCUAGGGAACUAUACGCAUUCGCCACUGAAAGCUACACCAAAUGAUAACAUCAGAGUUUCCUUUUAUCAAGCACAUCUUUCUUCAGUAUUAAAGGCUAUGAGGAAGGGAGCCAAUGUGAAGGGAUACAUGGUGUGGGCGUUACUAGAUAACUUCGAGUGGCUUACAGGCUACACGAUCAAAUUCGGGUUGUACUACGUCGAUGUCAGGAAUCCGUCUGUCAGGAUUCCUAAACUCUCGGCGCUGUGGUUCAGAAAGUUUCUGAAAGGAAAUGAUCGUCGUCGCUUAAGAAUGAUAGAAGUCGACGCCAACUAA